GCAGAAUACUAAUCAUUAUAUAUUCAUAGUAUGAGAACCGGUUGAAGUUUGUAGAAAGAAGAUUAAGUUUGUAGAAAGAAGAUUUAUGUUAUUGUAGAGUAUCAACCGGUUCUGUUUCUAUUACCAACCCAGCGAGUUUCUCUUGUAACAGUGGUAGCAGUUCAGUUAACUUGUGAGAGACGACAGAUCCACCGAAGAAGAACCAGAGGAAAGGAGAGAAAAGGUAAUUGGAAGAAAUUGUUAUAGACUGUUCAGUUAAUUUAAAGAAGAAGAGACUAACUAGAAAGUAUAUACGAAGUAUUGAAGUGUUGAAAGUAAUUUAGAUUUAAAACUCGUGUUAGUUAGUUAUAGUCAGUGUACAUUUGUUUGUGUCAGUGUUUUGUGUUUGUAGUAAUUUUCACAUUCAUUCACAUUAUGAGCGAGAGGAUACCGAAUCUAGAGGAUGACAGCGACUACAGCCGUUGGAAGAAAGCAGUCAAAGUGUGGCAGUUGGGAACAACAGCAAAGAAAACUCAACAAGCCAGCCGUCUGAUUGGAUUCAUGAAUGGAAGAGCGUAUGAAGCAGCACUACAAAUAGCACCAGCAGAGUUAGGAGAUGAAACCGGAGUUGAUAAGCUGAUAACAGAGCUGGAUUCUCUGUUUCUUAAAGACGCCACACACAAUCUGUUCAUGGCAAUUGAAGAUUUCGAACACUAUAAGAGACCAGAAGGUGUAGCAAUGGACCUGUAUGUGCGAGACUUUGAACAGAAAAGAAAGAAGAUAGACCAACUGAGAGGACAAGUAGUGUACGAGGAUGGAGUGUUAGCGUAUAAACUUCUCAAUCAAGCAAACCUUAACCCGGACCAGAAACGGCUUGUUAAAGCAACAAUAACAAAGCUAGACUAUAAAAUGAUGGUCCAAUCGUUGAAGCAGACAUUUGGAGAUGAAGUACCAUUUGAAAGUCCUACCCGGAUAGAAACUGUUAUUAAGGAAGAACAGGGCAUCAUGUUUACAGACCAAAGAAGUCGAAAUAGCAGCAGUGCCAGUGGAGAAACUGCACAAAGUGAAGAUGAGGGUGUUCUUUACAAUACCGGAAGGCCGUUCAGGGGGAAAGGAAAGUUCAGAAAGUAUGGAAAUGGCAAUAAUAACCGAACAAAUCAAACCAACCAAAACUACCAGGGUUGUUAUAUUUGCAAAAAUCCAAACCAUCGUGUAGCAAACUGCCCUCAUAAUUCUUAUAACAAGACAGAAGAUCAAAGAAAUACUUACAGGACAGAAGGUCAAAGAAAUACUUAUAAGACAGAUGGUCAAAGAAAAAGGUAUACAUACCUGGCUGAUAUGACGAGCGAAGUAGUUCUACCUGAAAGAGACGAACAGUAUACAUACUUCAUCGGAGAAACUGUAAACAAAGGUUUACUAGACACAGGUGCGUCUGCAACGGUAUGUGGACAAAAGUGGCUAGAAGUCUACACAGAGUCACUCACAGGGGAAGAAGCGAGAAAGUUAAAGACAAAGAACAGUAAAGCAACAUUUCGCUUUGGAGAUGGUGAAAGCGUGGUGGCUAGAAAGCUUGUAACCUUACCUGUGAAAAUGUUUGGUAAGAACAUAGUGAUUAGAACACAUGUUGUCGACACAGACAUUCCGUUACUGCUGUCAAAACAAACCAUGAAUGAACACAGGUUUGUCAUCGAUGUAGGAAAGAAGAAAGUGUAUGCUCACGGCGGAGAAGAACCAAUCCUAGACACAGCUUCAGGACACAUGGUGGUGUCAAUCGGGAGAGGAGAGGAUUCAAGAGAUGUACCGCCACAUGCACAGGAAAUGACAUUCCUGGUUGAUGUGAAUGAUGCAAAGAAAACAGCACAGCACUUGCACAGAUAUUUUGCUCAUGGAUCAGCAAAGAAGAUAGGAGAGUGGGUUAAAUCCAGCGAAGUAGAAAACAGCAAAGAAAUCAUCCGAGAGUUGGAACAGUAUGAAGCGAAGUGUGAGUUUUGUAUAAAACACAAAACUAGAGAGGCUCCGAAAAGAAAGGUAGCAAUACCUAGCGGAAACGUCUUCAAUGAGGUGAUUGCGAUGGACUUAAAGAAACUAGGUUGUGGCGUUUGGAUCAUCCACAUCAUAGACACAGUCACAAGAUAUACAGUCGCAGCCUCGUUAACUACAAAAACAGGAAAAGAGAUAGUCCAACUGAUCUUCAAACAUUGGAUCAGCAUUUUUGGACGACCAGGGACCAUAAUGAGUGAUAACGGAGGAGAGUUCAUUAAUACUGAUUUCCUGGAAAUGUGUUCGAUGUGCUCUAUUAACUUUAAGACAUCACCAGCAGCAUCACCAUGGUGCAACGGGAUGGUCGAGAGGCAUCACUCAAUGUUGUCUAAUAUGAUAGACGGAGUGAUAGAAGAACAGAAACCAUCUUAUUGCAACUUAGAGAUAGCAAUAGGGUGGUCCUGUAAUGCGAAGAACUCACUGAAUAAUGUUUUUGGUUUCACACCAUACCAACUAGUGUUUGGUAGAAAUCCCACAGUGCCUUCAGUCAUGAACCAAGAGAAUCUGCCAAGCUUGAACAACAAAACAGCAAGCAAAGUUGUUGCAGAUAACUUGAACGCACUAGAGGAAGCGAGACGACAGUUUGUGAAACUCGAAAACUCAGAGAAACUGAAAAAGGUACUAAGAGAGCGAGUGUUCACCAGGAACAACGCUAGGUACACAUCUGGAGAUAUCGUGUACUAUAAGAAGGACAAAGAAUUCUUAGGACCAGCACAUGUAGUGGGACAACAGGCAAACUCCGUAUUGAUCAAGCAUGGUGGAGCACUAAUAAGAGUCAACCCCUGUAAAGUAGUACUGAAACAGACAGCGGAUGAUCAAGUGAAUAAGGCGAGAGCUGGAGGAAAAGACCCUUAUGAUAAAGAUGAUGAAGACACUGACAAGGACACUGAAGAAGAGCUGACAAAGACUCGUAGCAUGCGUGCUGGCGGGAUUGCAGUUGAUAAAGAACCCCGCACAAAGGCAAAGACCCGUGGUACUGACGGGAGCGGGAGGGUUGAAGAGUUGAACCAACCUAGUGAUGAUGAAGAAGAGCUGACAAAGACUCGUAGCAUGCGUGCUGGCGGGAUUGCAGUUGAUAAAGAACCCCGCACAAAGGCAAAGACCCGUGGUACUGACGGGAGCGGGAGGGUUAGAGAGUUGAAUCAACCUAGUGAUGACGAAGAAGAGCUGACAAAGACUCGUAGCACGCGUGCUGGCGGGAUUGCAGUUGAUAAAGAACCCCGCAGAAAGGCAAAGACCCGUGGUACAGACGGGAGCGGGAGGAUUGUAGGACUCCAAAUGGGAGUGGAACAAAGGAAUGUCACACGUGGGAUCCGUAGACAAGGCGGAAGUCGUCUUUAUGGAGAGAUAAUAUUGAGCGACCGUGAGGAAUCUGAAGGUACAGAAGAACCAGAGGAAAGCGACUGUGAGGAAUCGGGAGAUACAGAGGAUCCUGUAGUGCAGGUGUUGAAUGAAACUGAAGACAACACUAUUAGUCGCGUGGUUGAAGAGAACUUGCCCAGUGUAGAGCCAGUGAAGAUUGAAGAAGACUGGACCAAUGUAGAACCGGUGAAGAAUGGAGCUCUCAAUCUCAAGAAGGAUGAUAUAGUGAGAUUUAGAGGCCAAGAAACCGAAGACUGGACAAAAGGACUCGUGACAAGUCGGGCAGGAAAAUCGACAGGUCAGUACAAGAAUGAGUAUAACUUGGAGAUAGAAGACGAAGAAAAAACCCUGGCCGUGGACUUAGACGGGAUGACAGUGGAAAGACUCAUGUUUUUGGAAGACGAAGAAGAGGACAGUGAUGAGGAACUACUUUUCAUAGAAGAAGACAGAUUUGUAUUUAGUGUGAGCAAGGUGUUCACAGAAGAUCAUGGCGUAAAAGAAGCUAAAGAAUUAGAGUUGUUAAAGUUUCGUGAGUUUGGAGUCUAUGAAGAAGUAAGAGAUGUGGGACAACCGUCAGUAUCGUCUCGUUGGAUAGUGACAAAGCGUAAAGAGAAAGUACGUGCGAGACUAGUUGCUAGGGGUUACGAAGAGAAUUAUCCCAGAGCUGACGCCCCGACAUCAAACAAGACGAGUUUGAGAUUACUGUUUGCAAUAGCCGCAAGUGCAAGAUGGAGUCUAGAGUCGCUAGAUGUUACUGCAGCUUUUUUACAAUCGGAUGAAAUGACUCGUGAGGUGUAUUUGAAACCACCUGCUGAUAUCAGAAAGCAGGGUGUGAUGUGGAGGUUAAAGAAACCGGUGUACGGUUUAGGAGAUGCUGCCAGAAGAUGGUACAUAACGCUGAGCAAGUAUCUAACAGAGAGAGGAUGCACCAUGUCUGUGCUAGACAAGUGUGUAUUCAGAUAUGUGAGGAAUGAUAAGCUACACGGGAUUGUUCUUACUCAUGUAGAUGAUUUGUUGUAUGCAGGAACACCGACUUUUCAUCGAGAGAUUAUUGACAGAGUGAGACGAGAUUUUAAAAUCUCGAGGAUCCACGCAGGAGUUUUCACAUAUUUAGGAUGGAACGUGAAGCAAGACACAGAAAAGGGUGUAAUUCGUAUCGAUCAGAGAGGAUAUGGACAGAGCAUCACAACAACAGAGCUGUCGAUUGAACGGAAGAAACAGCCAGAGUCGAAGCUGACAGAAGAAGAAAAGAAAGUGUACCAGAAACAACUCGGGAGAAUGUUGUGGCUUAGUGGCCAAACCCGUCCAGAUUUGAGCUUUGAUACACUGGAGCUGUCUACGUACAGCAGUAAUGCUUGUGUCAAGCAUGUGAAGGUGUUGAACAAAGUUACUAAGAAGAUCGCAGGAGGACCAAAAUCACUGUGUUUCAAAGGCUUGGAUCUGCAGAGAGACAACAUUUCGAUCACAUUCUACACUGAUGCUAGUGUUGGAAACACGUUCACAGAGAACGGAAGACAGACACAGAGUGGGAGAGGUUACCUUGUUUUUCUAACUAACGGAAAAACGGCUAACUUAAUCGACUGGAGUUCUAGGAAGAUAAAACGUGUCGUGCACUCGGCGUUUGGAGCCGAAACUCUAGCUUGCAUAGAUGCCAUGGGAGCUGCAAUCUAUGUCCGACAAAUACUGUCAGAGAUACUGUACGGAGAUCCGAAGAGUGAAGUCAUACCAAUCAAAGGUUUCGCUGAUUCUAAACAGUUACAUGAUCACGUUCAUACAUCGAAGCAGUGUGAAGAAAAGAGACUGAGACUCGACCUAGCAGAACUUCAACAAGCACUCUCCAACAAGACACUGAAGUCAUUAACAUGGAUACCUACUGACAUCAUGUUGGCAGAUUGUUUAACAAAGAAAGAUGCAAACUGCGAGCAGUUGUGCACUGUGAUCGAGAGAGGAGAGUUUCUGGAGAGAGAUUAACUAUGUUUGUUUGAAUAAUUUAUUAUUUUUUUUAGCGUUUUUUAACUUGUUAGUUACUUUUUUCCCUGACUACACGUUUUGAAUAACGUAUAUUUUGGUGAUUACACGUAUUGAAUAUGAUUUUAUUACGUGAUUACAC